GAAAUCGCCAAGACUGCAAUGACGAACGCCCACCACGUGCAACUCAAGCCGAAGGCGCAUGGCGUCAUCUUCGACAUGGAUGGCACGCUGCUGGACACAGAGGAGUUGAGCCGCCUUGCCAUUGACGGCGUAGUGCGUCAGUUCGGAAAGGAAUUCACCAUGCCAAUGCACAAGACAAUUCUGGGCCGUCCCGCUGUCGAGUGGACUCGCAUGGCCAUCACUGCCGCCGGUCUCAGCGAGGAGACCAUUGCUCCAGAAGAGCUAUUUAAGCAGUGGGAGAAGAGUAUGCGAGACAUGUCGGACCGCGUCAAGGAGAUUCCGGGAGGCAUCGAGGUUUUGACCGCCCUACACGCACGUGGUAUCCCUAUCGCGCUGGCCACUUCCAACAGCAGGAACGUCGUGGAGGCCAAGAUCAAGCACCACCCGAAGCUCUUCUCAUUUUUCUCUACGAUCGUGUGCGGUGACGACCCAGCCGUGAAGCGCGGUAAGCCAGCGCCCGAUAUUUUCCGCACCGCUGGUCAACGUCUCUUUGGGCUCAAGGAGGGCGAGGACGGCGACAAGCCACCGCAUUGCAUCGUGUUCGAGGACUCGGUAAAUGGCUACACUGCAGCUAACGCUGCGGAUAUGCAUAGUAUCGCUAUUCCCGAUGUACGCAUCCACACGGACGAAGUACAGAGGGCGGAGCUCUUUGGCGAAGCAGACGAGGUGAUCACGUCGCUCACCCAGUUCCAGAUCGACAACUACGACUGGCAGCUGUAAAGAGACCACGUUAGACCUACAUGUAGUGGUAGACUACUCGACGACCGCUGAGUGCUCUCUUCAAUAUGAACGUUUGGCUG